CUCUCUCUCUCUCUUUCUCUCUCAACUUUUGCAGCGAAAUUAGUUCUCUGUGCUUGACUCUUUUUGUUGGCUGGCUGAUUUUCUUUGGUACGGAGAGAGAUUCUGUGGUUUUGGCUCCCUUCACAUGCGGUUGGUAUAAAGGAUUUGUCUUUGGCUCGGGUUCCGCCAUUUUUGGGGUCGGACGUCUUCUGCCACUCCGCCGUUCUGUGUUACAGGUUUCUGCUGUGGAAUUUUCCCCUGGAUUUUCCUGUGCAUUUUCGAUUUAACUGUCCAGGCAUAUAUCUGAUCUUGGUGUUUGGGAGGAAAGAAAAUGGAAAAGGUUUAUGAAGAGCUAGAUGAAACUAAAACUGAGCUUGAGAAGCUCAGGACAGACUACAAAACCAAAGCAGAAUUAUGUGAGAACUUGAAGAAGGCACACAAUGAACAGUUGAUCAAAAGCCAGGAAGCAAGUAUGAAAAUUGAGAAGCAAUCUCAAGAACUAAAUUUAAAGGCAGAAGAAAUCUCUGUGGCAAAGCAAAUGUGUGAGGAACUUACACAGAGUUUGAAUGAAAAAGAGUCUAUCGUUAAACAUCUGACUGCUGCAAAUGAUAAGCUUCGAGUAGAUUGUGAUGAGAAGUCCUGUAAAUGGGAAAAAGAAAAUAGAGAUUUGGUGUUUGCUUUAGUUGAGGCCAAUCAGAAGGUUAUUAAUCAAGAGCAAAAUAUUCGCGCGUAUACAGAAGAGAUUGAAGGCCUCAAGGAAUGUCUAUCAGUUUUACAGAAGAAGUAUUUGGAAGCAGAGAUAAGAGCUAAAGCAUCAAAAGAACUUAGAGAAAGAGAUGAUAUUUUACUUAAUUUAGAGGAGGAGAAGAGGAAGCUUGAAGAUCAGAUAAAAUGGAAAAAGGAGCAAUUUGCACAUCUAGAAGAAGCACAUGAAAAGCUACGAAAUCAAUUCAAGGCCACUAAGAAGGACUGGGAGCAGGAGAGAUCUACAUUGGUUGAAGAGAUUUGUUCGCUACAGACCAGCUUAGAUUGUCAUACCAGAAUCUCAGAAGAUCUGAAAAACAGGUUACAAAUGUGCAACCAAGCCCUGAAUCAUGAACAAAGCCGGAGAAAGUCUUUGGAAGUUCACGUUUCUGAGUUACAGACACAGUCUGAGAAUGCUUUUGCAGGAUGCCAAGAUGCGACAUCGCUAAUGGAGUGCUUGACUGCUCAGAGGGACGAAGAAAUUUCAGCUCUAAAGAGCUCAUUGGGCACAAAGGAGAAAAUUAGGAAGGAAAUGGAAUAUCAAGCUGGGAAACUAGAGCAAGAAAACCAAGAGUUGCGCAUAUCCCUGAGAGAACUUCAGGAAGCUGGAAUACAAGAAUCAGGAGCUUCAUCUUCUCUGGAUAAGCUGCGAAACAAGAUCAAACAUAUGGAGCAGAUGCAUAGAGAGUCUAGCGCAAAUCUUAGUGCUAAAGAAGCUGAUUGGAGGUCUCAACUGGAAAAGAUGGCAGGAGACUUGAAUGACUGUCAAUCUGAGUUGGAGAAUAAAGAUGCUGCAAUACAAGAACUUAUGAUGGAGUUGGAAAGUGUUCAUUCUUUAGCGAUGCAAUUGAAGUUGCAAAAUGAAGAGAUUUCCGUGAUGUUACUGGUGUUGAAACUAGGAAUUUCUGAGGCUCAAUUGAAGCUUGCAAAUGACAAGGCUGAAAUGGAUGUGCAAGACAAAGAGAAAGAGAGGAAUGUUUCUCUGUUGAUUAAGCAGCUGGAGAUGAAGAAUGCUGCUUUGGUUGGAGCCCAAGCAGAUAUCAUUGAAGAACGUGAGAAGGCAGAAUAUUUAUCAAGGAGGAUUGAGUCCUUGGAUAUCCUUGAUGAGGAGCGGCUUUUAAUGCAGAAAGAACUGGAGAUGAAGAAUGCUGCUUUGGUUGGAGCCCAGACAGAUACCAUAGAAGAACGGGAGAAGGCAGAAUCUUUAUCAAGGAGGAUUGAGUCCUUGGAUAUCCUUGAUGAGGAGCAACUUUUCAUGCAGAAAGAACUUCAGAGAUACAAGGAGAUGCUUGAAGAAUCAUCCAGGUGUCAACUUCACUUGGAAGAUAAAGUUCUGCAGACAAAAAGCAGCUUAAAGGAGAAACUUGUACAAGUUUGUUAUGCCUUAGAGAGAGCAAAUGCAGACUAUGUUGAUCAAAUCUGUGAAAACAAUGAAAUUGAAUUUGAAUUGCAUAUAUGGAGAUCAAUUGCCGAACGUUUAAAAGUUGAUCUUGAAGAAAGUCAUGCAGUGCGGAAAGAGCUAGAAGCUUCUCUUCUCUCACAAGUAGAUGUGGGAGAAACGAUCAAGCAAGAGAAAAUUGGCCUUAUCCAGAUGUUGGAAGAGAGAGACAGAAGAAUUGAUGAUCUUCAGCAACGGAUUGUUUUACUGGACCAAGAGCUGCUUAACACAAGGAAAACAGAAGCUGCCUGUUCUUCAGGAAUGAAGAGAGCACUUUCCUUCGAGUCAGAAAAAGCAAGCCUUUACCAGACUAUGAGAGAAAAGGACGAGAUUUUAGAGCAACUUGAGAAAGAGGUUGAAUGGCUGGAGAAAGAAUCAUUGAGAAGAGAACUUGAAAGUGCUGUGCUUUCACAAAUUGUCACAGAGAGAACAUUAGAGCAUGAGAAAGAGAAGCUUGUCCUCCUUAUAGAAGAUAAAAACCAAAGAAUAGAUGAUCUCAUGCAGCUUAUGAAGUCUUCGGAACAAAAGUUUAAUAGCUCAUUAAUCUCUUUUUCUUCACAGCUUGCUGAGAAGCAGGAAGAGAUUAAUCUGGUCCAUGAUGCUUGGGAGAGGAUUACUGCAGCUGAGAUUCUGGCCGCACUUGAAGUUGAAGAGAAGAAGUUGAUGAUAGUGGAACUCGAGGAUGAUAUCCGUACUAUAGAGCAGAAAUUGGAAUUACAUGAAAAAUCCGUGGGAUACUCACAACAGCAGGCACAAGAAAUUGAAGCAGAACUUGCAACUAAACAAUUAGAAAUAAAGAACUUGAUGAUUCAAAUGGAGACAAAGCUGAGAAUUUCAGAUGCCAUAGUUAACGAGCUGAAGAGUGAGAAAAGAAGCUUACAUGAAGAUGUAGUGAAAUUAUUGUCAGAUAGGGAACACUUGUUGGGUUUCAUUGCAAGCUUGGGUGAUGGGAUCAGUGAGUUCUCCACUGCAGACUCGCAACUGAUGGGUGUUUUGAGCAGGCUGGUGCAGUCUUUUGACAAUAAUAAUAAUGGCUCAGGGAUGGUUUUGAAGGAGGAUGAUGAGCUCUAUCAGUCUGUAAAAGAGAACUUGAAUAUCCAUCAUUCACCUGUGACAAAGAAAUAUUUAGCCAUUUCAGAGGCAAGAUCACCAUUUAGAGAGCGCAACAACUAGCUGUAAACACAAGCCACGUGUAGUUUAGUUUGUACAAUCCAGAAUAUUGCUUCCUCGCACACAUGUUUUUCAGGUUUUCAGUGUGUGGAUUUCUUCUAGUUUGUAUAUGACUGAUUUAUGGACAAACAUUUGCCACUGAUUCAUAUUAAUUUGUUUGAUGGGUCAAGAAUGAAA